CAAAAGGGCUGAAGUAAACCCGACCCGAAAUAAAGCAAGUAUCAGCAAGAAAGUGAACAUUAGUCUAAAUAUUUGCUUUACAGAAAUGCUUCUUAGUUAUUGAAGCCAUUAGUUCUCAGUUUAAGAAGAGUUGUCAAAACCUGUGAUUAACUGCAUCGAAGAUGUUUCUCACAAGAACUGAGUACGAUAGAGGUGUUAACACUUUCUCUCCUGAAGGCCGCCUAUUUCAAGUCGAAUAUGCAAUUGAAGCCAUUAAGCUGGGUUCGACUGCCAUUGGGUUAAAGACAAAGGAUGGAGUCGUUCUUGCUGUUGAGAAGCGCAUUACCUCACCUCUCUUGGAACCAGGUAGUGUGGAGAAAAUUAUGGAAAUUGAUGAGCACAUUGGUUGUGCGAUGAGUGGACUAAUAGCUGAUGCCAGGACACUUGUUGAACAUGCACGGGUUGAAACUCAGAACCAUAGAUUCUCCUAUGGUGAACCAAUGACAGUUGAGUCCACCACACAAGCUUUAUGUGACUUGGCCCUGCGAUUUGGAGAGGGUGAUGAAGAAUCCAUGUCCAGACCUUUUGGCGUAUCUCUUCUUAUUGCUGGUCACGAUGAGAAUGGUCCCAACUUGUAAGUAUUUUCAUCCCUUGAAUGACAUUAG